GUUCCGGUCCGCCGGGAGGCCGUUGAAGGUGGCGGUUUGCCGGGCGGGGGGGAGCGGGGCUAUGGAGCGGCCGUGGCCGCCGCCUGGACCCUGGAACCUCCCCCGGGACGGCGGGGAGGCUGACGAGGAGACGGAGCUAGAUGUGUCUCCUGGCUCCUCCCGCUUCCCGCAGCCACCUAGCGACAGCCCCCAGAUGUAUAGCCAAGGGAUCGAACUGGCUUGCCAAAAGCAGAAAGAGUUUGUGAAAAGCUCUGUAGCGUGCAAAUGGAAUCUAGCUGAAGCUCAGCAAAAACUUGGUAGCUUAGCACUGCAUAACUCUGAGUCCCUGGAUCAGGAACAUGCCAAAGCACAAACAGCAGUGUCAGAACUGAGGCAAAGGGAAGAAGAGUGGAGACAAAAAGAAGAAGCUCUUGUACAGCGAGAGAGAAUGUGUUUGUGGAACAUGGAUGCCAUUAGCAAGGAUGUUUUUAAUAAGAGUUUUAUUAAUCAAGAUAAAAGUAAAGAAAUAGAAGAUGAAGAUAAAUCCAAAUCAUUUAUGCAGAAAUAUGAGCAAAAGAUUAGACAUUUUGGUAUGCUAAGUCGAUGGGAUGAUAGUCAGAGAUUCUUGUCUGACCAGCCAUACCUUGUGUGUGAAGAAACCGCUAAGUAUCUCAUCUUGUGGUGUUUUCAUCUAGAAGCUGAACAGAAAGGGGCUCUAAUGGAACAAGUAGCACAUCAAGCCGUCGUAAUGCAGUUUAUUAUGGAAAUGGCCAAAAACUGUAACGUGGAUCCACGAGGGUGUUUUCGUUUAUUUUUCCAGAAAGCCAAAGCUGAGGAAGAGGGUUAUUUUGAAGCCUUCAAAAAUGAACUUGAAGCGUUUAAGUCAAGAGUAAGACUCUAUUCUCAAUCACAAAGUUUUCAACCUAUGUCAGUUCAGAAUCAUGUUCCCCACAUCGGUGUUGGAUCUAUAGGUGUAUUAGAAUCCUUACCACAGAAUCCAGAUUAUCUUCAGUAUUGUGCAAAUACAGCGCUCUGCAGCUUAAACUCGGUGGUUCAUAAAGAUGAUGAUGAACCAAAAAUGAUGGACACUGUAUAGUUCGGUUAAGACUGCUGAGGCCAAGUGCUAUUUUAUUACAAGAAAGGAAGAACUUGGCUAUUUUCUUGACACUUUUAUGGGUGCUGCACUUUAUUUUUGUUUGGUUUUUGAUGGGAGGGGAAGAGUACUGAAACAUCUUGUAAUUUUUUUUUCUCUUUUUUUGGAAAAUAUGCUGCUAGGUUUUUUGUUUUGUUUUUGUCUUUGGGGGGGUGUUUUUUUUUUCUUGGAGGGAGGAGAGGUACACCAUAUGUUGCAGGAUGUGAAACUGGACUUUUUUUUUUGGCUACUAAAUUUGCCUUUAAUCUUAUUGUUCUCAAUUUUGGAAUCAAAGUAUGAAAAUCUGCACAAAUACAAUGUUUACAAGAACUGGUUGAUUCUAGGAGGCAUCUGCUACAGUCUCUUUUUAUAUAGACAUUCAUGUCCAAUUCUACAAAGACAAUUAAAGAUAAAAUGUACUUGUAUCAUAUUGCUAACUUAGCUGUCAAAUCUGGUGUUUCAUCAUAUUAAAAGCAAUAAAUCAGUAACUGAUAUCCACUUAA